GUAGGAGCAGCAGAAGAGAGAAGGAGCGCGGGGGGGGGGGGAGAGAGAGAGAGGGAGGGGGGGGGGGGGAGAGAGAGAGGGGGGGGGGGGGGGGGGGGGGGGGGGGGGGGGGGGGGGGGGGGGGGGACAGGGGUGUGAGGGCGUAAGUGAAGAACAAGGAGGGAGAGGGAGCGAGAGGGAGAGAGGGAGAGAGAUGUCGUCGGGACCGCACAGGAGGGCGUCCUCGUCUGCGAGGAGCGGGACUUACGAGCAGCAACCGCUGAUUGCAACGUCAGCAUCAUCAUCGUCGCCAUCGAGGCAUGAAGAGGUUCUGGGCGGACAGCAGCCAUCUUCAUCAUCGUCGGUAUCGCCGCCUUCUCUCGCAAGACCGUGGGAUUGCCCUCAUUGCACGUUCAUCAAUGAGGUGGAGAUCCUGCGGUGUGCCAUGUGUCAACGGCCGCGGUAUGUCCAUCAUCCGGUGCUGUUAGCGACGGUCACACCGGCGGAAGCCCUGCCGUCGAACACCGGGGGAGGACAUGGAGAACGAGGGGACGGGGGGGUGGUUUUGGGUAGACGACGAUUCGACGAUGAAGCAGAUGAGGAGGAGGAUGAGGAGGGAGGAGGUGGUUUUCUACAGGGCGUUGCGGGGAUGUCGGAGGGGCAAUCCUUCUUGAAUGGCGCGUUAUCGGGGGCUCUCACGGGCGUCUUCGCUUUUGUUGGAGCAUGUGCGGGAGCGGUGGCAGGAGCACUUGCUGGGCGUGCGGCAGACAGCGGCUUCUUUAGGAGUGCUGGGUUGGGAGCAGUAGCUGGGGCAGUGGUUUCUGUGGAGGCUCUGGAAGCUUCUAGGUCAAUUUGGCGUUCGACCAGGACAGCAAGCAACUCGAGACCAAGUCUUGCCUCAAGAGUCGAAUAUUAUUUAGGGGGAAUGAUGCAAGACCCUUUCAGUGCAGAUGAGAUUAUCGGUCCUGGUGGUCGGGUGUGGCAGGUUGAUGUCGACGGUAUGAGUUAUGACGAGCUAUAUGAGAUGUUUGGACCUGGGCGUACUGCAUCCAUUGGCCUCUCGCCUGCAUCGCUGGCAAGGCUUCCAUCUCAUGAGGUCACGGUGGAGAAACGGGAUGAGUCCGCCGGUGAAUCAUCAGGCUGCGCAAUCUGCCUUCAGGAUAUGGUGAAAGGGGAGAUGGUAAGGGUGCUGCCGAAUUGUGCACAUGCAUUUCACAAGGACUGUGUCGACAAGUGGCUUUCCCAGCAGGGCAUAUGUCCAGUUUGCCGGGACGAAAUUGUUGUUUGAGGGACACCGACGAACGAGGAGCAUUGUCUUAUCUUGUCUGGUCUUGUCUUGCACGAAUUGAGUUGUCAGGAAAACGUCGACCACCCCGAGUAAAGGAGUGAGUGUGUGUUGGGCAUUUGUAGUUCUCUAGUCCUCUUUUAGCCGAGAACGAUGAGCAAUGAUCUGACAUGGAGGGGAGAGGUGAUGGCGCGAUUCCCCUUUUUGACUGUGUUGUGUGGUUGCGAGCCACCGGGAAAAGGUAGUUGUAUGUUGCAAGUAUUUGCAGCACAGUACGGGAGAAGCACGAGCAGAGAUGCGCCCGUUGUUGUUGUUUAGUGCUUCGAUUUGCGGCGAACUGUUUCACAGAGCUAGCGGAAUUGUAGCCGCGGAUAGGUACAACCUCAUACAGGAACUGGGUAUCAUCACAUUAGUGCAGACGCCGGUUUCUCGGCAUUGUGUCAAUCUGUAGCGAAGUUCGAGGUGGGCGCCGGCUGAUGCACCUGUGCUGUUUUUCGUCGCUUCAACUUGCAGUGAAGUGUGAAGUGUGAGCUUUAUCUAGCUGGUGCCCACAUUGUCAUCCGUUUCAUCUGUUUGCUGCAAACGUCGUGGCAGAGGUGGCAGAUUCACUGUUUUUCAGCACUUCAAUUUGCAGCGACGUGUAAUCUUGCGCUAGCUGGUGCCACCAUUAUCGUUCGUUGCAUCCGUUUGGCGCCAAACGUUGUGGCAGAGGUAGCCGAUACGCUGUUUUUCGUCUCUGCAAUUUUUUGCAGCGGCAUGUGAGCUUGCACUAGCUGGUGGCUGCACUGUCAUCCGUUGCGUCCAUGUGCAACAAAUGUCAUGGUGGAGC